GGCGUUGCCGGGCGGGGCCUGAGGGCCGCCCAUGGCCGCGGCCUCGGGCCAUGGCGGAGCCGCCGCCCGGAGCCGCCGCUCCGCGGGGCCGCGGCCGGGCCUGGCAGCGCGGCGGCUCCGCGCAGGGCGCUGAGCACCGCACGGCGCCCUCCGGCCCCGCUCACAACGGUCCGGGCACGGCGCCCUCCGGCCCCGCUCGCAACGGUCCGGGCACGGAGCCCCCUGGCCCCGCUUGGAACGGUCCGGGCACGGAUGCCCCCGGCUCCACUCCGGACGGUUCGGACACGGAGCCCCCCGGUCCCGCUGAGGACGGCCCGGGCACGGAGCCGCCCGGCCAUGCUCACAACGGCUCGGGCACGGAGCCGCCCGGCCCGGAGGAAGACUCGGAGCUCCGCAGCCGCGCUGAGGACGGGCCGGGCUCGGAGCUCCGCAGCCCCGCUGAGGACGGGCCGGGCUCGGAGCCCCGCAGCCCCGCUGAGGACGGGCCGGGCUCGGAGCUCCGCAGCCGCGCUGAGGACGGGCCGGGCUCGGAGCCCCGCAGCCCCGCUGAGGACGGGCCGGGCUCGGAGCCCCGCGGCCCCGCUGAGGACGCUGCCCCGCCGGGGCCGGAGCUGUGGCUGGUGCCGCCGGAGCUCCGCGCGCGGCUGCUGGACCGGCGGGACUACCGCGGCCGCGCGCAGGCCGUGGAGCAGCUGCGGCGGGCGGUGGAGGGCUGCAGCCCCGCCGCGCUGGGCGCCGCGCCCGCCGCCGCGCUGCUGGGGCUGAUCGCGCUGCUGGACGCGCUGCUGCACGACCCCAACUUCGCGGUGGCGCGGGGCGCGCUGGAGGUGACCCGGCUGCUGGCGCUGCGCCUCGGCCGCCGCGUCCCCGCCGUGCUGGCCCCGCUGGUGUGCGCGGCCGCCCGGGCGCUCGGCGACGCGCAGCCGGCCAUGCGGCGGGACGGCGGGCGGCUGCUGCUGCGGCUGAUGGCGGCGGCCGGGCCGCGGGCCGUGCUGCGCCUGCUGCUGCAGGAGCGGCUGCUGCGGCACCGCAGCGCCCGGCUCCGCGAGGAGCUGCUCAACACGUGCAUCGCCGCGCUGCUCGCCUUCCCCGCCGCCCAGCUGGACCUGCCGCAGCUGGCGGCCGCGCUGGCGCCGGCGCUGCUGGACGCCAAGCGCAGGGUCCGGCACGCUGCCAUGGAGGCGCUGGCCGCGCUGGCCUCGGCGCUGGGCCCCGGCAACGCGGGCGCGCUGCUCCGCGCCCUGGACGCGCUGGAGCUGCGGGCCGGCGGCGCGGGCGUGGCGCUGGCCGUGCGGGCCCGGCUGGCCAGGAGGGUGCUGCCCCGGCUGGGCGAGCAGGGGCUCGUGGAGUACGGCGUGCCCUUGCCCUCGUCCGGGCGCUGCCGCGGGCCCUGCCCGCCGCCCGGCGCCGACACCGAGUGGCUGCUGAUGGGCAGCCGGAGCCGCAGCGCGCAGCCCCGCCAUGCGCUGCACGGCCCCGCCUGUGCCCCGCGGGCACCGAGCCCCAGGAGGGUCCUGAGCGCCGGCAGAGGCAAAAACAAGCUGCCCUGGGAGAACGAGCCGGCUGCCGACGGGGAAGGCGGCUGCGGGGUGAGGAUGCCCGUCGAGAAGGGUGUGGAGCAGCUGGCUGCAGCCAGUGAGCUCCUGCACUCCGCGAGGCUGCGGCCCUCGCAGGGCAUCCCAGGCAGGGAUGAGCUGCUUUGCAGCAGGAGCAGAGCUUCCAGGACUUUGUUCCAGCCCGCUGUGGAGCUGAACUCUGAGCCCUCUGCCCUUGGUGCUGGUGCUCUGGGCUCUCACCAGCCCCAGAUUUCAGGGAAGUGUGGGACACUCGGAUGCCCACGUGGGAGGAGUGGCAGUGUGGGCUCUGAUUUGCAGAUUUUGGGACUGAAUAGCUGUCAGCAGGACAAAGUUUGUUCCAGCCUCAGCUUUUCCAGCAAGACCCAGAGAAGUUUUUGCACUCAGGCAGAGCCCAGCAUGUCCUUCCAAGGUGCCAGUGGCAGCCAGGGCACCUUCAUCCUGCCCUCCUUCCCCCUGUCGUCCCCCAGGAACAGCCCCAAGCACCUCUCUGCUCCUGCUGCCUCUGCAGGGCAGUCCCAGGAGGAUCCCAGGGGCCUCUCCAGCUCCUGGCCCCUCAAAAGCUUCCAGGGGCUGCCUAAGCCUGGGUGCCAGAAGCAGCUGCUCAGCCAAAAGCCAGGAGACAACACAGGGGACAGCCCGCUGGAGCAGCAUUCCCUGCAGCUGGAGCAGCAUUCCCUGCAGCUGGAGAAGCCCCCCCUGCAGCUGAGGGCUGCCCUGGGCAGGGCCCAGGGGCUGCGGGGGGCCCGGCCCGUGCCCCCCAUCCCGCGCCUGCCCAGCCCCCGGGAGCCCCCUGGCAGCAGGGAGGGCACGGGGCUGGCAGCAGGGCUGGCAGAGCUGCGCCUGGAGCCUGAGGAGCUGGACCAAGAAGAGAUGCAGAAUUCCCUGAGGUCCCUGCGGAGCAGCGCAGCCAAGAAGAGGGCAAAGCUGAGCAGCAGCAUGGCAGAGCUGGAGAGCCCCGACUCGGCGGUGAAACUGGAAUUUCCCGGGGACUGCCCCUCCCUGGGCUCCUCCCCCGGGGCCACCUCCACUGGAGAGAGUGGCAUUUCCAGCCAGGAGUCCCUGGGCUCCCCCGUGGCCACGCUGCCCCCCAGGAGGAGAGUGAUGUCAGACACUUUUCCAGCACUUGGCAGCAAAUCCCAUCCUGCAAAGCCAUCUCCAGCAAGGCCCAGAGGCACAGAGGGGGCAGAGCACCCCCCCAGCACAGGCCCUGCAGAGUCAGUGCCUGGUUUUGCACCAAAGGAUGAGCUGGGUUUCACAUCUGAAGAUGCUGCUGUUGUUGGCAAAGGUGUUUUUGGGAGCCCUCCUGCCCCAGCUGCCAGCCAGUCCAUGCCCUGUGUGGCCAAUGGGGAUGGCCAGGGUGCCAGGGAGGGAGCAGAGGCAGCCCCAGGGAGAAGCUUCCAGCAGAACAGCCCUUCCCAUUCCAGUUCCCCUGCAGGGAAGGAAGGAGAGAUAAAAGUGACCUUGUCAAAAUCUGCUCAGGAGAAGCUGAGGAGGAGGAGGAAAGAAGACAAAGAACACAACCAUAAAGAGCAGCAGGAAGGCAAAGACUUGGAAGGGAAGGAGGAGUUCCCUUGGGAAAGGAUUAGACUGAGUAUGAGUGAACCAGAGAAACUCACAGCAGAAAGUUGGCCAUUUCCUUCUUUCCUAGGGUUUAGUCUCUGUGGGGAUUUACUGACCUCGCCAAGGAAUGGAUCUUUGUCCUUAGAAAACGUGGCCUUGAACCCUUCCCUGAAAAGAACAUCCAGUUUGAAGAGGUCAAAGUGUUCAUCCUUGCUAGAUUCUGAGGAGCCGUGCCCCGCGCGGGGCCGCUGCCGGGAGGCGCCGCAGACGCAGAGCCCCGAGGUGCUGGACCCGGCCGAGCUGCUGCCCUUCCCCCGGCCCGAGCCCGCCCUGGCCGAGGCGCUGGCGCUGCUGGCUGACCACGACUGGGAGAAGAAAAUUGAAGGUCUGAACUUUGUCAGGUGCUUGUCUGCCUACCAUGCCCCUAUUCUGACUGCAAAGCUCCACGAAACAACUCUGGCUGUGGCUCAAGAGGUCAAGAAUUUACGCUCAGGUGUUUCUCGAGCUGCUGUGGUCUGUUUAGGGGAUUUGUUCACCCACCUGAAAAAGAGCAUGGAUCAAGAACUAGAUAAUGCAGUAAAAGUCCUUUUGCACAAAGCUGGGGAAUCCAACACUUUUAUAAGGGAAGAGGUAGACAAGGCACUGAAGGCCAUGGUUAAUAAUGUGACUCCAGCACGUGCACUUUGUUCUCUUAUAAAUGGAGGGCAAAGCCACCUGCACUCGGCCGUGAGGAGAUGCACAGCCCAGCACCUGGGGGACAUCGUGGAGCGCCUGGGCCCCGAGCGCGUCCUGGCCGGCGGCCGGCCCCUGGCCGAGAGGCUGCUGCCUGCCAUCGCCAGGUUUGCCCAGGACAGCUCCCAGCAAACACGGUACUACGGGAGGAGGAUGCUCUUCAGCAUGAUGGCUCAUCCUGACUUGGAUAAAACCCUGGAGAAGUUUGUGCCACCCAAGGAUUUGCCUUACAUUAAGGAAACUGUUGGCAGCCUACGAGAGAAGGGCCUGGGGGAGAUGCCCUUGGAUACACCCUCAGCCAAAGGAAGGCAUUCCCAGACUGGAAACGUUGGACAUUUGAGGUCAUCCUCUACUUGCAGAGAUGCUCCCAUCAUCCCAGACAGGGACAGCACGGAGAGCCACGAGCCCCCACGGAGAGCAGCUCCUCGCAGUGCCCUGGAGAGCGAGGAGUACGUCAGGGACAUGGUGGGGCUGCUGAACGCCAAAGAUUUCCGGGAGCGCAUCCGCGGCGUGCGGCAGCUGCUGCGGCACGCGGAGAGCAGCCCGGCGCCGGUGCUCGCCAACAUCGUCAGGAUCUUUGAUGCUUUCAAGCCUCGCUUACACGACUCCAACAGCAAGGUGACCCAGGUGGCUUUGGAGGCCAUGCACAAGAUGAUUCCACUGCUCAAAGACAACUUGUCACCUGUGAUCAACAUGUUAAUUCCUGCCAUAGUGGACAACAACCUCAACUCCAAAAAUCCAGGGAUUUAUGCAGCUGCCACAAAUGUGAUCCAGGCUCUGUGUCAACACUUAGACACCUCCCUGCUCCUGCAGCCAUUCUGCACAAAAGCCCAGUUCCUGAGUGGAAAAGCAAAGCAGGACCUGACAGAAAAGCUGGCUGAGCUGGUGCCGGAGCUGUACCCUCGGAAGCCGUGUGCGGUGGAGCAGAAGGUGCUGCCCGUGCUGUGGCACCUGCUGGGCAGCUCUGCCAGCGGCGGCUCCGUGCCCGGGCCCCGCGCGGCCGCGGCCGCCUUGGCGCAGGCCCUGUGGGCACAGAUGGGCCCCGGCCUGCUCGCCCACGCCGCGGCGCAGCCCCCGCACAUCAGCAAGAGCCUGGAGGAGCUUUUGGAGACGGGAACGUAAAGUCCUCAAAUGGCCGUCCCCGCAGGUGAAGCUCCAGCGCCGCCGGGACAGGGCGGGAACAGCCCCGGAGCCGGGCACGGUGCUGAGGGAGCCGGGAGAGCCCCGGAGCCGGGCUGGGCUGGACUGCAGCGGGAGAGACACCGGAGCCAGGCUGGGAGAGCCUGGGAGCGGAUCUGGGCCGGCCCGAGGGUCUGAGCCGGGCCGUGCUGGGAGAGCUGUGCUGGGCAGUGAGGGGCUGGCUCCCCUCACUGUCACCAGCACGGCCAUGCGGGAGCCGCUCCAGCCCAUCUGUGCUUCCCUCCAGAGGCUCCAGCCCGGGACCUGCCCCUGGAUUGCCCAUGAAGAACACACGGUCACAUCAGCACUGCGCUUUACAUGGAGGAGUGGAAGAGAGUCCUGGACACAGUGAUGCAGUGCUGUUUGUGAAAAACAUGUAUUUUUGUACCCCCACAGGUAGUGGUGCAGUAUUUGUUGUCUCAGGGCUGGGCAGUGGGGAGAAUGAACCCUGACCCGUCUUCUCCAGCUGCAGGCUGUGGACACAUUGGACAUGGGACGCAAUGGGAUAUAUAAAUAAAGGGAUUUAUUUCUGUA